AUGUCAAGGAGGUUAAAUCGAAUAUUCCUCCUAAUCCUUCUCCUUUAUGGCCCUAUACUCACAAAUUCCUGGUGGUUCUUCGACAGCGAGGAUUCGCUAAGUAAAAAAGUCGAGGAAUUAAAGCAAGAAGAAGAGGAGACGACGACAAGUCCAAUCUCAGAGACAGAGGACGAUUCAGAAGAUUUUUUGAAAUCGAAUCGAAGGCUGAAAUUUGGGAUAAAAGAGCAUCGAUUCAACUCAUCGUUAGUUGUUGAUGAGAAAGAAGAAGAGGUUCCCAAAUUGGGAAAGGAGCACGAAAUUGAAGAGACGCCGUUGGAUCCAGUCCCGGAUACAGUUGAGACAACGACAGAAUUCAUUCCAGAACUACCGACGCCAUUGCCGGAUAGCAGUGAUGACGGUGAGUAUAUUUACGGACGUUGGCUUCCAUCUUUGGUUGAUCUUUAAUCUUUGGAAGCAAAAUAAGUUGAAAAAGUUUAAAGAGAAUAUUUUUGCCUUAAAUUCGCAGAACUAAUUCAGCUUCUUGACCGAAUCUCUGAUAAUAUUCCAGAAACGCAGCCCGAAAAGUCCGCAUCCGCUGUUGAGGAAGAGCCAACAACAGAAUCGUUGAUAAUCCCUGCGGACAUUUCGGACGCAGAGGCUGGACUCUCUGCCGAUGAGGAUUCGGAGACAACGUUGACCUCAAUUACUCAAACCGGUGUCGAGGAGACUACAUUAGCGCCUACAGCUUCACUAGACGUUGAGAAAUCACAAAGCGAUGAAGAAGGGCCCCAAAAGACGACGGCGGUGGAAGUUGAGCCCACAACAACGACAGAGGUUGUUGAAGAAACGACGACAACUGAGACGACAACCACGACGACGGAAGCUACGACAACCACAGAAAUUACCACUACCACGACCACAGAAAUUACUACUACCACGACUACACAAAUUACUACUACGACGGCGGAAGCGACAACUAUUAUUGAGGAAGCGACAACUGAAGUUGCAGCGGCUGAAAGUGAAGCAACAACGCCGGAGGAAACAGGGGAAGAUGAAGAAGCCAGAAUCUUAGACGAUGCAGGCCAUGCAAACGAAGGGAAUGCGGUCACUGAAGAGCAGCCAGUACAGCAAACCACUGUCGCAACAAUACCGCCGGCAUCAAUUUCUGUUUUGGGCGAGGAAAUUGUUUCAACUACUGAGGCAAUUUCUGAACCUCCCAUAUUUACUCCACCAACCGCUGAUUCGAAUGAUAUUCUUAACAAUAUUGAGAUUGAAACUCCCGACAGUAAGUAUUUAAUGUUUUUUUUGGAAGGUUUUAGCAUAUAUUUAUUAUAGCUGGGUGUCGAUCUUUGACCCCAUUCUGAUAGAUUUGUUUGUCUUUAAAAAAUUUCGAUGAGAAAAAAUGAAGAACCGCGCCGAGUAGGGCUUUGGAUACCUCCAGGCCUGGCUUUCAGCGGUUUCAAAAAUUUAGAAAAUGCCCACAGCGGGCAAACUUUGACAGAGGGCAAAAAAACCACUGUCGUGUUCUUUGUAAGGGCAAAGUGGACGUAAAAACCAUUACAUAACGCAAAAUUUCAGAAAACAAUCAAGUCGUCUACAUCACGGAUAGCGAUGUUUUACCAACAAGCACUGUCCUAAGAUCUCGCGAAUCGGCUGAUACGGAGACUCAGAAGAGCGUAAAUGAGAUUCGCCCUGAAAACCCAAGGCCAGAACCACGACCAUACAAUCGUAAGUUCGAAUUUAUCAAAUGA